AUAGUUAGGUUAGUGGCACUAGUUAUCCCACUCCCAAGCCAUUAGCCACUCUACAGGAUCCAUUCGCCUUAUGGUCCAAAAAAAAAGAUAUGAUACCCAGCACUACUGUACUAUAUUGUUCGUUUGGCUUUGGCGGUACCAAUGCCACUGUCAUCCUUGAUGACGCUUACCAUUACCUUGAGCACAAUGGGCUGAAGGGCUUUCACCGGACUCGACCGUUACCUCUGAUAAAGAUGCCAUCUGCACCGAAUGAGUCAGAAGAUGACUUUGAAGUGCCGAGAGAUGUCUCCGUAUUGUGAGUCCCAAG